UGAAGAGCGAAGGGGCGGGAAAGUAACAGAUGGACUUGGGAGGAUUAGAGUGAAUCUGGGUGGGUUUCUGCUAGAAGCCGGGAGUGAUGAGGAACCACGAGAAAAAGUGAGGAAACCUAAGCCCAUUAUUCAAGAAAGUUAAAGGAAAUAAACUGAACGUAUUUGUUCUUCUGUGGAGGACUUUAAAAGAUGAAGUCGAGAGACGGUAGGAUGGUAUGACACUUCUCAAAGAAACCAUCAACCCUGUGAGAGCUGGAAGCUAAAAGGAUGAGUCGUCUCUCAGCUGCGAAGAUUCGAGAAGAAGGUACAGCAGGAGAAUCACCGGGAAUUAAUCUCCUCCACUUUGCUCAAGAUUAAAUGAGAUUUAGCCAGCCCAGAGGCAGGCCUGAGAUCCUGGACUAAUCACUCCCUCUUUAACCAGAUCCCUCUUGGAGAGGUGAGGGAACAGGUUAAAGGAGGGUUGUGCCACCAGCCUGGACCCUGAUUAGAAGUCAAAUCCAAACAUCAAGUUUAAUUCUGUCUUGAAGAGGGAGGAAGGCAUCAUCAAGAAGGCAGAUACUUGAUGAACCUCAAUGGAAACGCGGAACAUGGGCUAGAUGAGAGGCUGGGGCUGUUCUGCUCUCAGGAAGAAAAGCUCCUACAUAUAGAUCGAAUAUCCUACUUUGUCUGUCCAGCAAAUCCAGAGUUUCUGUAACGGAUACUACAACAGGGAUCCUCCAGCUGAGACUGCUUCCAUGACGACGUAACAGCUGGAGCUCCUGCCUCUGCUUGAUUAAAGCCCAGCUCUUAUCUGCCAUCCCUCCACUGUCCUUUAACCCCGCUCAUCAGAUAUUCCUCCUCAGACUCCGCCCCCCUUCCAUUUCAUCAUUGCUUCUCAUCUUCGUCCCUGACUGUUGGUCCUCAACUCAAACAAUCCUGAUCUUAUUUUCCCCUCGGUCAUCUUCCACGAGUGCCUGAUCUGACUUAUCCCUGAGUCGUCCUUAUGCCGAUGCUUCAGUCCACUGAGCCUCAUCCCAGCAGGUCACCACAACCAGUCAGGCACAUGUAGCCAUUUUAGGGCCUUCACAGUAGAGCCCAGGCUUCACCUCUUACACCUGCUGCAGUUCUCCACUGGCUUUGGUCAGGUCCAGCAUAAACAAUGCUGGAGAAAAUGUCCAGACGAAACCGCACCCUGCUUUCUCUGGGUCUCACCUCGUUGGCCCUGACCAUGUCUGUGUCGGCUUUCUGCACCUCGUACUGGUGUGAAGGGACUCAUAAGGUGGUGAAACCAAUUUGCCUGUCACCCGUCAAGUUGAAAAACUGUGGGAAGAACAACAGCCAGCCGUAUACAACAGAGGCUCCCACCGUGGACCCUAGUAGCCCUGUGUCCAACGUGACGCUCUCUCCAAAGCAGAAAGAGGAACUGGCUCUCCUGAGGAAAAAGCAGUUGGCCAACGCCGUGCAGUAUCUCUGGGAAACAGGGGAGGAUAAAUACAUGCUGAGAUACUUUCAUACAGGCUUCUGGCUUUCCUGUGAAAAACACAAUGAAGGAGACGAUCAGGAGGAAAAGUGUCGCAGCUUCAUUGAACUGACCCCAGGGGAGACACAAGGUGUGCUGUGGCUGGCUGUUAUAAGUGAGUUUAUGUACAUCGGCCUCCUGGCAAUGGGUUUCCUCCUCAUGUGUGUAGAAGCCUUGUGCCUCUGUGCCAAGAAGGAGAUGAGCUCCCUUAAGGUCAACGCCUACGCUGCUAUGUGCACCGUCCUUUCUGGCCUGAUGGGGAUGGUCGCCCACAUGAUGUACACCACAGUUUUUCAGAUGACAGUGAGCAUUGGACCAAAAGACUGGAGGCCACAGUCUUGGGACUAUGGAUGGUCUUUUGCGUUAGCAUGGCUUUCCUUCAGCUGCUGCAUGGCCGCCGCUGUUGCAACACUCAACUCCUACACUAAGACCAUCAUUGAGAUGAAGCACAGAGCCAGGCUGAGAUUGGAGGAGGCCCGAGCUGCUACCAUCGCCCCCCCCUAUGAGGAGGUUGUCCGAGCAGGAGGAGGCAGCCUUUACUCAAUCAGCCAGUUGGUUCAGCUUGGGCAGCAGGGCGCCCUUAUGGAUCCACUGUGGCCAAGAGGAGUGGGACCGGCAGUUGGACCUUUGGCAUGCAGUGCUGGUGGAGCCUUGCUGGUUGGAGCUGGAGUCGGAGGCAUUGGGAUGGGUAUGGGAGGAGCUGGACCUGGAGGAAUACCAGCUAUGGGGGGAGUUGUUGGAGUUGGUGUUGAAGGUGGAGUUGGGAUGGGAAGGGGCAGCAGUGGUGGGACAAUGGGAACAAUGGCAGGAGCCAAAAUGGGAACAGGAAGAAUGAUGAACACUCACAGAGUUGUAGUUGUGGGGGGAUGCACGACUGAAGGAUGUACAGAGUGUGAACGAGAGAUGGAUGAGAUAGACUACACUCUGCGGGAGGGCAGAGAGGACUCGCUUUGCUAG